AGUAAAGUAUCAAAAUGGUGUACGAAUGGUAGUAUAUAUUGUAUCAGUAUUACUCACAUCUGGCACAAAUUUUGAUGGCCACGGACGUACGGUAACGGAAUUAGGAUGAAGAGCUCCAGACAGAGACUUCAGCUAAAGCAUCUUGAACCAAAAAAUCACUAGAGACUUUGACUUUUUUUCUUUACAUUUGUUUUUUCAAUGGUGAGACACUACUGAUCCAUGGCUGAAGGUUUUGAAAAACCCUCUAGUGAUUACCAAGUGGAUUGGGAAAGAUAUGGUCUUAGAUCUGAUUCUGUUGCACCUUCCCAGGCUUCUGCUGUGACUCCGCAAGGGGAGAAGUUGCUUCAUGGUGAGAUAUCUAACCAAAAUGAGCUGUUUCAUGAAGAUCAGAGUUCUGGCAGUAAACCAUGGUGGAAGGCCAAUUUCUUUUUAUCUGAACCAGUUCUGUUUGGAACCUGGGAUGGAGUCUUCACAUCAUGUAUGAUCAACUUGUUUGGUGUGAUUGUUUUUCUGAGAACUGGGUGGAUUGUUGGAAAUGCUGGGAUUGGGUUUUCUGUGCUGGUUAUCAUGGUGACUGUGACAAUAUGUACGAUGGCUGUUAUGGCAGGAAUUGGAAUUUGUGAAAGAUGUCAUGUGGAGAGUGGUGGAGUUCAUUUCUUACUGUCUCAUGUUCUAGGGGCUCAGAUUGGUGGUGCUUUCAGUAUUGUGUAUUGCUUUGGGCAGGCAGUUAGUUGUGCUCUGCAUGUUAUGGGGUUUGCUGAAUCUAUGUCAGAAUUACUGAGUAUCACAAAUCCUUGGCUGGAGAGAUCCUUUGCAUUUGGACUUAUAAUCUUGUUGCUUGUGAUAAACGUUGCUGGUGUUAAGUGGGUGAUUCGACUUCAGUUUCUUCUUUUGAUUAUACUACUUCUCGCAGCAUUGGACUUUGCAGUUGGUACUUUUAUAACUGUUGAUCCUGUGAAUGGAGUGACUGGAUAUACGCUUGUUAAUGUCAGAAACAACUCUAGACCUUCGUAUUCAGAGGAUCAAAGUUGGUUCACAUUAUUUGGUGUCUUCUUCCCGGCAAUGACUGGAAUCUUUGCAGGGAUCAACAUGAGUGGUGAUCUACAUAACCCUUCCAAAGAUAUACCAGCAGGGACAUUAGCUUCUAUUGGCACCAGGCAAGGGAAUUAUUUGUUUUUACUGUGUGUCUGUCUGUGUGUGUAUAUAGCUGUUACUCGGGAAACACUUACUACCUGUUGCUAUUGUUAGGUUUCAGCCAUUGGUGUGAUGUUACUCUCAGGACUCUACAUUUCUUCCAUGUCAUCUUGUCUUGGAUCGCUGUAUGCUUCUCCUCGCAUCAUCCAGAGCAUGGCUAAUGAAAAUGUCCUCCCAUCUUGUAUUUUUCUAGGUAGAGGGAAAGGGCCAAAUAAAGUUCCUGUCUAUGCGAUAAUAUUAUUUGCUUUUGUGAUCUUCAUCUUCAUCCUGAUUGGUCAAAUCAAUACCCUUGCUCCAAUUGUAACAAUUCCAUUUCUUCUGACUUAUGCUGCUGUUGAGUAUGCCUAUUUUUCUUUGGCUAUGACUUUUGAUAUCCAGCAGCAAAGGGAGGAGCGGUUUCAUUCACAGGGAAUGUCUAGUCCUGCAUUUGAUGUUAGCCAGGAAUCUAAGAGGCUAGACCAGAAAACAUCUAAAGUUGUGACUUAUGGCUCUACAUCUGGAAGCAAGUAUACUAGUGACUUGGACCGGCUGUUCCCUGAACGUUUAAGACACAAACAGCAAAUGUUUCGCCAGCCUAGUAGCCAAAGUACUAAUGAGUCUCCUCUAACAUCACCAGAUGAGCAUAGCUCUGUUGAGAGUGCAGAAUCCACAGGUGAUACCAAGCCUCGUUCUGAUGUAAAUGCUACAGACAAAUCUUCCCUUUUAGACAAAGAACAUCAACUCUGGCCUGAAAUAAGCAGAAAGACACGUGCAUGGUACUCAGUUCUUUGUAAUAGGUGGAUAGCUUUGAUUGGGGCUAUAGUUAAAGUGGUAGUCAUGUUUCUGGUCCAAUGGGGUUAUGCUCUUUCUGUAAUAAUGGCUGUUGCUGUUAUGUGGUUUUACAUUGGCCAGGUGAAUCCUGGGAUAUUUCCUGGUGUUGCACAGUUCAGACUGUUGCCGUGGUUGAAGAAUUUAUUUUUGAGAUGUAUUGGACGGAAACCUCCAGAUUAUGAUCAGAUAGUUGUAACACCAAUGCAUCCGGGAAUGGAAGUAACGGCAGCUCAGCUUACAGAAGAAAAUGAAGAUUAUGCAGCACGAGAACGAUAUCAUCAAUCUACAACAAUGAAAGGAAACCAAGAGUUUAGAGGAGUUGAAAGUGAUUGAAUAGCUUUUUGAGGCUACCACUAGGUGAUUACUGGAAGCUGAGCAGAGGUUAAUCUAACAUCAUAUUGUUACUUAUUCCCAUGAUAUUGACUAUCAAAACACACAUUAUGAAGCAAAAAUUACAAAAUCAACAACAAAUGUUUACAACCUGAUUUUAUGCUUUUCUGUCCAUUAUAAAUUACAUUCUUAUGUUAUUGUGAAUAGGCAUAAUAACUGUUUGUGUAGCAUAUAGUGUACCAAUGUAUGUGUGUGUACAUUGAUCCUGAGUUAGAAAAAAAAAGCUUAUGAAGACAUUUAUCUUUAUUACUGCAGGGAUAAUUUCCUAUUUUUAGGUAGUGAUAUGAAAAAAAUUUCUAGCUUAUUUCACAUUUUCAUCCAUGUCACAGAUUUGGCACAUGAAAUUUACAAAUGAACUAAAGUUGAGUAAUGUAACUCCUAAAAUUGUGACAAAUUCCAGAGACAAAAUUGUAAAUAAACAUUAUACGUUGCAAUAUUAAAGACUUGAAGUAUGAAAGAGUAAAUAAUUUAUUUAUCUUGUCAGUUUGAGCUUCUCUCUAUGAAUUUAGUUACAAUUGUUAGAUUAAUAUCUGCUGAUUUAAGUAUGUGUGGAUUGCAGAAUUGUAGGCACUGUGAAAUGUGUGUCAAUGUGAUAUUGCUGGCAUACUCUGUAGGUCCUUUACAGGUUGCAACAGGUAUGCACAUUAAUGACUUUGAAAAAACAUUGUAUAAUCACUCCUAUUUUUUAAUGUAUGUCUGGUUUAACACAACUUGCAUUUAUACAGACAGAUUACAAGUUGCGGGUCUGUCACAAGAACAAGUUCAGAAUCCUGUUCCAUGUAAUAUUCAGGUUAGCCAAAAACAAAGGAUACUUAAUAGGAUCUCUUAUUUAUAUGUUUAAGUCUAUAAGUGCAAGUGUGUUCAUUUAAGCUUUACACAAUGUUAUUUUUUCAAGCAUUACUUCUAUAUCAUGUUUUUAUUUAGAACAAAACUUUUUUUCAUCAUCAUUUAAUAUCAAACCCUUGAUUUUGCUCAAAGUUAUACACAUUGUAUUCUGAUAAUUAUUUUGAAACUAAUUUCAACGUAGUUUUAGAGAUUUGAGGUAUGUUUUGAAAAAUUUUGCAAGUAAAGAUUUCCCAUAUUAUACAAGGUUUUGCACUGAUUCUCUAAAACUUUGAAAUAAGAAAUUUUUUAAAAAUCAAUCUAUGAAACUAGGUUUUUAAUUAGAUAUUUCCACAAGCAGAUAAUUUCCAUUGUAAAGACCUUUUUUAUUUAUUCUUGGAAAAUCCUUUAUUUGGAUACAAUAUCUCACCUCCAGUCACAAAAUAUUUUUCUCUAUUAGUACUGCCCUGUAUUGAUUGAAAUUUUCAAUGCUCUGCCACUAGCCUUCCACCUCUUGCUUCUGCAUAUCCACAUGUAAAUGGUCAUGCAGCAGCUCUCAACCAAUAGGAGCAUGACACAAGUCCUAUUGUAAUCAGCGCCCUCUUCACACUUGCUCUCGUUAAUCACUUCUGUUACACACACUGACCUGAAGAUGAAAGUCAAAAGACUUUCAAAAUGUCAUCCUCUACACUUGUGUAUCUACAACAGGCAGUUGCUGUCCAUACUACAAAAUUUCAUCAUGAAUAAUCUGCCUAAACAAUCUAUCAAAGAAUAAUCACUUCUUGAUUGGUAAAAGUACUGUACAGACAUGCUAGUUUUUGUUUGCAAAUUUGUCGACAUUUUUCUUUAUACUAUAGACUUAGCUUUUCUUUACUAUAUAUUUAAA